GGCUGUUAAGCAUUUCCGUGUCUGUCCUAGAGCAAGGGAAUGAGGGAGACGUAAAAUCUCUGUAAUCUAUGGGACUUGGUCGCCCAGCAUGUACGUUUGGCUUUCGCAGCAGGUUAAUUGCUGAUGGGAAGACCCAGGUGAAGAGCGAGUGGAGGGGGCAAGAAGUCCUGCGGAGCGGGUCAUUGAUCCACUGUAGGUGUGCCAAGUGUUUCUGUUAUCCUAUAAAGCGAAGAAUAAGAAGGAGACCCCGAAACCUAACCAUCUUGAGUCUCCCGGAAGAUGUGCUCUUUCAUAUCCUGAAAUGGCUUUCUGUUGGGGACAUCCUCGCUGUCCGAGCUGUGCACUCCCACCUGAAGUACCUAGUGGACAACCACGCCAGCGUGUGGGCAUGUGCCAGCUUCCAGGAGCUGUGGCCUUCUCCAAAGAACCUGAAGCUCUUUGAAAGGGCUGCUGAAAAGGGAAAUUUUGAAGCUGCUGUGAAGCUGGGCAUAGCCUACCUCUACAAUGAAGGCCUGUCUGUGUCUGAUGAGGCCCGUGCAGAGGUGAAUGGCCUGAAGGCCUCUCACUUCUUCAGUCUCACUGAGCGGCUGAAUGUCAGUGCCGCUCCUUUCAUCUGGCUCUUCAUCCGCCCUCCGUGGUCAGUGUCUGGAAGCUGUUGCAAGGCCGUGGUUCAUGAGAUCCUCCGGGCAGAGUGCCAGCUGCAGAAAACUCACAGAGCAUCUAUACUGCACUGCUUGGGGAGAGUGCUGAGUCUCUUCGAGGAUGAAGAGAAAAAGAAGCAGGCCCGUGACCUGUUUGAAGAGUCUGCUAAUCAGGGAUGUUUGACCAGCUCAUACCUCCUCUGGGAAAGUGAUAGAAAGACGGACAUGUCGGAUCCCGGACGAUGCCUCCACAGCUUCCGGAAACUCAGGGACUAUGCUGCCAAAGGCUGCUGGGAAGCGCAGCUGUCUUUAGCCAAAGCCUGUGCAAAUGCAAACCAGCUUGGGCUAGAGGCAAAAGCUUCCAACGAGAUAGUCUGCCAGCUGUUUCAGGCCUCCCACGCCGUCAGUAAGCAGCAGGUCUUCUCUGUACAGAAGGGACUCAACGACACAAUGAGGUACAUUCUGAUCGACUGGCUGGUAGAAGUCGCCACCAUGAAAGACUUCACGAGCCUGUGCCUUCACCUGACCGUGGAAUGUGUGGACCGGUACCUGCAGAGGAGGCUGGUGCCCCGGUACAGGCUCCAGCUGCUGGGCAUCGCCUGCAUGGUCAUCUGCACCCGGUUCAUCAGCAAAGAGAUCCUGACAAUCCGAGAGGCCGUGUGGCUCACAGACAACACGUACAAGUACGAGGACCUGGUGAGGAUGAUGGGAGAGAUCAUCUCUGCCCUGGAAGGGAAGAUUCGAGUCCCCACUGUGGUCGAUUACAAGGAUGUCCUGCUGACACUGGUCCCCGUGGCACCAAGAACCCAGCACCUGUGUAGCUUCCUCUGCGAGCUCUCCCUGCUGCACACCAGCCUGGCCACCUAUGCCCCGGCCCACCUGGCCGCUGCUGCCCUGCUUCUGGCGAGGCUGACACAUGGGCAGACCCAGCCCUGGACCACUCGGCUAUGGGACCUCACCGGGUUCUCCUGUGAAGACCUCAUACCCUGUGUCCUGAACCUUCAUCAAAAGUGCUUCCACGAUGAUGCCCCCAAGGACUACAGGCAAGUCUCUCUGACUGCUGUGAAGCAGCGAUUUGAGGACAAGCGCUAUGAAGAGAUCAGUCAGGAAGAGGUGCUGAGCUACAGCCAGUUAUGUGCAGCUCUAGGAGUAAAACAAGAGAGCCUAGAACCCACGUCUUUCCUCAGCAGGGGGGAAAUUCACGCCUUCCUCAGCUCUCCCUCUGGAAGGAGAACCAAGCGGAAGCGGGAGAACAGCCUCCAGGAGGACAGGGGCAGCUUUGUCACCACGCCCACCGCAGAGCUGUCCAGCCAGGAGGAAACGCUGCUGGGCAGCUUCCUGGACUGGAGCCUGGACUACUGCUCUGGCUAUGAGGGUGACCAGGAGAGCGAGGGCGAGAAGGAGGGCGAUGUGACAGCUCCCAGCGGCAUCCUCGAUGUCAUGGUGGUCCACCUGAACCCAGAGCAGCACUGCUGCCAGGAAUCGAGUGACGAGGAGGCCUGCCCGGAGGACAAGGGACACCAGAAUCUACACACCUUAGUGCCAGGAACCCAGACGCCUCAGACCCCAGGGCAUGAGCCCUCUCUCUGCAGCAGGAGGGAGCCGGGCAAGGACAUCACGACCUCAGGAUACUCCUCUGUCAGCAGUGCGAGUCCCACAAACUCUGUGGACAGCAGCUCAGGGGGCCCUCCCCGAUCUACCUCAGUGCUGUCCCCAGGCAGUGACUCGAACACACAGCCUUGCCACCAUCACACCAAGAAGUCAUGUUUACAGUGUCGUCCCCCGAGCUUCCCAGAGAACAGUAUUCCCCAGCAACAGGUGAAGAGGAAAAACCUAUCCGCCCACAGCGUGGAGGGGGAGGAGGAGAUGAACUUGGGCUUCUGAAGCUGUGAGUGUGUGAGAGCUUUUCCCACAGUGAAGGUUUGCUGAGGGAGGGCUGCUGUUGUGCAAGUGAGGGGUGGGGGCUUGUAGACCCCUGGGGGCUGUCGCACAGGGAACGGAGAGGAGAACUUGGAGCACUAAGUUUCCUUCUCCAGGGGAGUCAGUCCCGUGUGAGCCAGCAGAAUGUCUAAAUCAGAACAAAAAUCUCAGAUCCUUCUCUUUGGAAAGUUUAGCCUCAAAGUAAUCAUGCCACACCAUGUGGAGCCUAUUUCUCUGUCCUCCUGUGUCCGUACUGUUUUCUCCAGGAAGCUUAAGCCCACAUCCUGAUCUUCCCAGCCCCACUGAGCCCCAUCCCAGGAGCCAACAGCCUUCACUAUUGAGAACACACGUGACCAGGUAGCCUGGCACAGCUUACCCCUCCCUGCAUCUCUCUGAUAUUGGGUUCCAGGGUGAGCUGAUAGCCCUGAGCCCACCACCAUCCCCGAGCCCACCUGCCCGGGCAUCUGCUCCCUUCCUCACUGAGUGGCGGGUCCCAGAGUGAAGAAGCCAAGCCCUGCACAUCAGCGUGGACUGUGUGUGACUGCCAGGUGUGAGGGCCCUGACCUUUUGC